UAAAAAACAAUAAAACCGAAACCAAAAUAUGGCCACCAAUAAAUCGAGUUAUAUUUGUCCGACAAAAAACAAACAAAAAAACUAUAGUUUUGUUUGUUUUUCUAAAAAAAUAAAUAUAUUUGACCAACCUCGGCUAUAAAUACGCUCGAAGAAGCCGAAGGUCUUAUCAAUAUCUCCCCUCUCACCGUUUCAAGAAAAAUCCUCUUCGAAAAGCGCGUACAAUGGCCAAUCUCUCCGCCCUGCUCACGCUAGCUCUCCUCGUUUGCUCCGCGCUAAUGUGCGCCGCUCGCCCCGAGCCAGCCUUAACUGCCACCACUUCUCUGGUCAACAAGCUUCAGCUGGAGAAGACAGGAGCGAAUGCAGAUGACGUGGCAGAGGAAAGCUGCGGUGGAGAAGACGAAGAUUGUUUGAUCAGGAGGACUUUGGCUGCUCAUCUCGAUUAUAUCUACACCCAGAGGGAACAUCGUCAUUAGACUUUCUCUCCUACAUAUCUGUCUGUCACCCCUUCAGUUCAUAUAUACGUUUGUGUCCAAAACCCCAAGUGCCCGUAUAUAUAUACAUAAUGACUUGUUAAGUGUUU